AUGUCAAGAUCUUUUAGCAUUCUAUAUAUGCUAGCAGCAGCCAAUUUGGCAUCUCUAGUAAAUGGUCAUGGAUAUAUGAACAUCCCCUCUAGUCGAACAAGCAUUGGCCAUUCAGUUGGCAUCGACACAUGUCCCGAAUGUACUAUUCUCGAGCCCGUCACCUCAUGGCCUGAUCUCGACGCCGCUCCCGUGGGACGCAGCGGUCCCUGCGGCUACAACGCUCGCGUGAGCGUCGACUACAAUUACCCCUCCACAAACUGGGGCAACAGUCCCGUGACCACCUACACCGCCGGUCAAACGGUCGACGUACAAUGGUGCGUGGACAACAACGGAGACCACGGCGGCAUGUUCAGCUGGCGCAUCUGUCAAGACCAAUCCAUCGUGAACAAAUUCAUCACUCCGGGCUACAUCCCUACCGAUGCCGAAAAACAAGCUGCGGAAAAUUGUUUCGACGCCGGUUUACUCCCCUGUACCAAUGUCACCGGCGCAACCUGCGACUACAACGCAGAUUGCAUACCCGGCCAAGCAUGUUAUCGCAACGACUGGUUUACCUGCAAGGGUUUCAAUAGCGGGACGCGCUGUCAAGGUGUGGAUGGCUCCGCGCUCGGGUCCUGCUACACGUCUAUCGCGGGCGGAUAUACCGUGACCAAGAAAGUCAAGAUACCCAACUACGCAUCGAACCACACGCUCAUUUCUCUGAAGUGGAAUUCUUUCCAAACGGGCCAGAUCUAUUUGACCUGCGCCGAUAUCGCCAUUGUUGGUUCCGGCAGUGGAGGCGGCGGCUCCCCGACAACCACGAGCAAAACAUCUUCUACCUCCACCACCCUCAGCACAUCCACCAAACCUACCACCAGCAGCAGCAGCGCCACAAGCAAAACCACAACCUGUGCCUCCAUCCCCUCCCUAAUCCCCAUAACCUUCAACACCCUCACGACCACGAGCUACGGCCAAGCCAUCAAACUCGCCAGCUCUGUCGGCGCCCUCGGGAACUGGGAUGCAUCUGGCGCCGUCACCCUCUCAGCCGCCAACUACACGAGUGCAAAUCCGUUGUGGACGGGAACCGUGUUGUUGGCGCCCGGACAGGUGGUGCGGUACAAGUAUGUGAAUGUGGGGAGUGGCGGGACGGCGACGUGGGAGAGUGAUCCGAAUCGCGUGUUUACGGUGCCCGCGGGUUGUGCGACGAAGGGGUCUGUGGGGGAUACGUGGAGAUAG